AUGGGUACCCCAGAAAGUUGCAAAAGUGAAGAACUUUGCACAGAGCUACUCCAAUCCCAAACUGGGGGCACUUCCACUGAGACUGAGAUUGAGACUGAGACUGUUACCCAAACUUGGCGUCUUCGAGUGUUUCGGGUGCUGCAUUGGGCUGUUUCCCUUGGCCUCAUUCUGGCCAUUGACUUUCUCUUGAAGAAAGCCUUUGCAGCAGCUUCAAUUGAGUUCCCUAGUGCCUUGUUCGGGAUGUUCUGUAUUUUCUCUAUUCUCAUUAUUCUUGAUUAUACUAUGCCCUCUGCUGCUGUGGCCUUGGAGAAGUUCUUUCAACCGGGGAUUAUGUUCAUCCAGAGAUGGCUCCCUUUGUUCUAUGUUCCCUAUUUGGUUGUGCUUCCCCUUUCUCUUAAAGAUAUUCCCGCUUCUUCUGCCAUAAAAAUUUGCCUUAUAAUAGUUGGAGGAUGGCUAGCAACACUUUGUGUGACUGGUUUGACGGCUAUAGGUGUAAGGAAAGCUGUGAAGACAGAAUUGAUAGAUGCUGAGCCUAUGGAGAAGCCAUCUCCAUUUUCUUCCACUGAAGUGUGGGUAUGGACUGGGGUUCUCCUUAUAUCCUUUGCUGCUUCGUUAGUUUUUCCAACAGCAUUGGGGACAAGAGCCAGAACAUAUCUUCCAUUCUUGCUUGCGUCCACAGUGUUAGGCUACAUGAUUGGUUCAGGAUUGCCAUCAAGCGUGCAGAAGGUCUUCCACCCAAUAAUUUUUUGUGCAGCAUCUGCAGAGCUAACGGCAGUUGCUUUUGGAUUUCUUUCUAAGUUAGGGCUUGAUGCUGUUCUGGGAUAUUACCUUACAAACUCAUCAUCAAAUCCUGGUGCCGGUGACAUUCUAAUGGGAUUUCUGGGAUCUGUUAUUCUCUCAUUUGCCUUCUCUAUGUUCAAACAAAGAAAGCUUGUAAAAAGGCAUGCAGCUGAGAUUUUCACCUCUGUCAUAAUCUCUACCAUAUUCUCAUUGUAUUCAACUGCCCUUGUUGGACGCCUGCUUGCUUUAGAACCAUCCUUAACCAUAUCCAUUCUACCCAGAUGUAUAACAGUGGCGUUGGCUCUCAGCAUUGUGUCUUUUUUUGAAGGUGCCAAUGCAUCAGUCACAGCAGCUACAGUUGUAGUGACUGGUUUAGUUGGUGCAAAUUUUGUGCAAUCAACACUUGAUAAACUUCGUCUUCGUGAUCCAAUUGCUCGUGGCAUUGCAACCGCAUCAAGUUGUCAUGGGCUUGGAACAGCGGCUUUAUCUGCCAAGGAACCUGAGGCUCUUCCAUUUUGUGCCAUUGCUUAUGCUCUGAAUGGAAUAUUUGGAUGUAUACUCUGCUCAAUUCCUGCAGUCAGACAAAGUUUGCUUGCAAUAGUUGGCUGA